GCCAGCAGUAUCCUCGCCCAAUUGCCCACUUCCUUCCUCCAGCCGCAAUAAGUCGAGGAUACGCAAAAUACCUCAUAGGGUACAGACUGCCACUGUGACUUUGGCAGAUUGCUGCACUUCAAAGCUUACGAAGCUGCCCUACAUUCGUUCAAGAAGAUGGAUCGCUCCAGAUCUCCCCCAAAACCAGAAACUCGAUUUCACUACCCUCAAUACAGAAACCAGCAACCCCAGCAAGCCAUGCCUGGGUAUGCUCACGCCUCUCAAUACCAGCAGUCCCAGCAAUUUCCUCCUCACCCGUCAGUGAGAGUACCACCAAAUGUCAGACUCGCUGCAAGACAAGUCCCAGCCGGUGUUGGCAUCUCCCCUCCGCCAGUCAGAUAUGAAGCUCCACAACAACCGCAGAGGGACCCUGGGUCUGGACGGUUGGUCCAAGAUUUCAGGUUUCCCACUGCUUCGAAUGUGAGGCAAGAUUCAUCACUAUCGCCAGGCCGAAAGUACAAUGCACAUGAUUCCUCGAUGUCAUCCGUGUUGGACGAUUUUGCCGCUCCUGGAACAACACCUGGCUCAAGGUCACGAGGCUUCCCAACUCCUGUGAGAUACUCAGGAUCUGUCUAUGCUGAAAGCGAAGCUCUUGGGGUCGAUGAGCGGUAUGAUCAAGACUUCCUCAGCCCGAUUGAGAGCAGUAGACCAAGCUCCGCAGAUGCAAGCCCACAGAUAUUGCGACAGGCCAGCCUCGGAAAGAGGGCGAGACCUGCAAUGACGACGAUAAAGAACAAGAAUGGCCACCUAGACCAUGACCUACCAGAAGAUCCUCCAGCGUAUACCCAGACCAGCAGAACUAAUACCAUCAACGCGUUAAGCGCAGCCGUCGCUGCUGGCGUCAGUAACAAGAACUCGCCGCUGCAAAUCGAUACACCAGGAUCGCGGAGUACUCCUGUAAGGAUGCCGUUCGACACAUCUCCGCCUUCCUCACCAUCCGCCGAUAGAGAAUUCUUACAAACCCCAAAGUCACCUAUGACCAUGGCAUCGCACAAAUUCCCGGAACAGACCCCACGUUCACUGCAUUCCAACAAAUCCAGUAAUCCAUUGCUCGGGCUGGGAAUCGAUCAGCCUGCCCCUGCCAUGAGCGAUAGGGUACCUCCGGGGCGACGGCCACCGCAGUUGGACAUGGACGCAGUUAGGGACGUCCAGAAUCGCGGCAGUACGACGAGUCUAGCAGACCUCAUCAAACGCGCCACGAGACUGGCUGCAAACCUGGACAGAGGCAAAACAGCCAGUCGACUAGGUAUGCUUGACAUGUGGGGAAGUACCGACAAACUGAGCGGCAACAAUCGACAGUCAACCAUGUCAGACAUGAUAUCGGCUUUCCCUGCUCCAGCGGUGGGAGGAACACCCACCACCAGAAGAGAUGGGGCCUGGCCUCUGAGCGAAAAGGGUGAUGCCUAUGCCUCAACGACCGAUUUGUCGAGAUACCAGCCUACGAGCCAGCGGCGAAAGUGCUGCGGCAUGUCGAUACCCGUUUUCUUUUCCUUUCUAGUCAUCGCCACUGUCCUCAUUGCUGCAGCUGUACUAAUACCGAUCUUCCUGGUCCUCGUACCCAAAGAACACUCCACCGAUAACAAAUGCGCAACCAGUCAUCCUUGUCACAAUGGGGGUACCAGUAUUGUGAGCGCGGAUGCGUGUGUCUGCGUCUGUUCGAACGGCUUCACUGGAAGUUCCUGUGAUACAUCUGGAGACACGCAAGACUGCAUGACGAUGACCUUGAACGAUGGCACAACUCAGUACGAGAACGCAACUAUAGGUCUGUCAGUGCUGCCUUCUCUCACCGAUGCACAAAGUCGAUUCAACAUAUCCCUGAACGUGUCGACCAUCCUAUCUGUAUUCUCUUUAAAUAACUUGUCAUGCACCAGCGAGAACUCUCUGGCCGAUUUCAAUUCGACAGACGCAACCACAAAAACCAAACGAUUUGUCGUACUGGCGGGUCUGGAGCCUGGUGAACCUGUUCCGAUACUCGCGAACCCAGCUGUACCAGAGGUCAGCGAGCGUGCUUUACCGGUUGUUGCGGCCCGUCUCCAAAGAAGACAAACCAGCGAGACCAUUGGCACUUCGAAUGGAAUUGUUUUCCAGGCAACAACCGCGACGUCUAUUGGGGCCAUCAGCACCCCUACCGCAGCAAUCGGCACCGAUGUAUCAACCGUCACUAGUGUUGGCGGGACGACAAGCGCAACAGGUUCAGCUGCGACUGCGACAUCUUCGUCAACGGAUGCAAGCGCCACAGGGAGCUCCAGCAAUUCGACGUCCUCCACCGUGACGGAUGAAGAGCUUGAGUUUGCUCGCGUCGUUGUCCUCUAUGUUCUGCAGCAGUCGCAGACCGUGAGCGUGGCAGUCAACGCGCAGGAACAGAUGGAAUCGUUCUUUUCGACGCAGACUGGCGGCAACGGCUCGAGCACAGUCGACGUUGGUACGGGUAAUCUGCACUUGACGGCCAAUUUCACUGCCUUUACCAUAACGAAUGGUGAUGGAGUGGUCGUCGGUGGCGAGAGCGGAUCUUAGCGAUGGCAGCGGUGAGAGCAUAACUUGGCUCUUUCUGAGUUACGGUGAUAAUGAGCUGGGGUGUCCCGUAUUGCUUGGGUGAGAACUUGGAUAUCGCCAAACAGGUGAGGCGGCAAUAUUCCCUUGAUGAUAGACAUUAUUGGGGCUAUACUGUCUGGCUCGGGGCUCGGGCUCGAGCGAUCUAUCGAUUGUACU